AAAUAAUUCACGAACGAUCCCAACUGUUUUUUUUGUUUUCCGAAUCCUUCGUCAUCCAAACCCUCAAAUUUGAUUUCUAGUUGCCGUAGACGAAACCCUAAAUCCCCAGUUAUUCAAUUUGAUGGCGAUUCGUCUCUUAUAUUUCUAAAUCAGGGCACAAGGAGAUGCUGCAAUGGAUGCAAUAAAGCAUGCUCUAAAAGCUCUGAGAAAGCGCCAUUUAGUGGAAGAGGGGGCACAUUCUCCUGCUUUUAUUGCGCUAUCUCGCCCAAUUGUGUCUCAGGGGUCGGAGUGGAAAGAGAAAGCUGAAAAUCUUGAAUUGGAGCUCCAACAAUGUUACAAAGCUCAGUCUAGAUUAUCUGAACAACUUGUGGUGGAAGUGGCCGAAUCCAGAACUUCAAAAGCAUUAAUGCAAGAGAAAGAAACUAUGAUAUCCGAGUUGCAAAAUGAGCUUAGUCAAGCAAGGGAUGAAUGCUCCCGUUUAGCUGCACUGUUGGAGGAAAAGACUAAGGCUCUGGACUUGUUGAUAGGUGAGCACCAAGAAGUUAAAGCUCAACUUGAGGCGACCAUUCUGAGAGCUGACAAUGCAGAAGCAGAAAACAAAAUGCUAAUUGACCGUUGGAUGUUGGAAAAAAUGAAGGAUGCUGAGCGUCUAAAUGAGGCAAAUGCUCUUUAUGAAGAUAUGGUGAAUCGUCUCAAGGGAACCAGCAUGGAAAAUCUCGCCCACCAACAAGUUGAUGGCGUAGUCCGCCGAUGUGAAGAGGGUGCGGAGUAUUAUGUCGAGUCAACCGUCCCCUCUACAUGCAGGCAAAGGAUCCCUGCUCAUGACGGUGGCUGCGCCUCCAUAUUGUUUGAGCAUAACUCCUCUAGAUUGGUCAGUGGAGGACAAGACAAAGCAGUUAAAAUGUGGGAUACAAACACUGGAUCAUCGACUCGCACACUUUAUGGUUGUCUGGGCACAGUUUUUGAUCUCUGCAUUACCCACGACAACAAAUCGAUUAUUGCAGCCAGCAGUGCAAAUACUUUGUAUGUAUGGGACGUAAGCUCAGGUCGUGUACGACAUACCCUUACUGGUCACACGGACAAAGUCAGUGCCGUGGAUGUCAGCAAGGUGUCUAACCGCAAUGUUGUCAGUGCGGCUUAUGAUCGAACCAUUAAAGUUUGGGAUCUUCAGAAAGGCUACUGCGUCAACACUCUUCUAUGCUACAGCAACUGCAAUGCUCUCUGUUUUAGUAUGGAUGGGCAGACCAUUUGCUCCGGCCAUGUAAAUGGGAAUCUCCGACUAUGGGAUAUUCAGACAGGGAAACUUCUCAGUGAGAUCGCAGCACAUUCCUCUUCUGCAGUAACAUCAUUAUCACUGUCCAGAAACGGUAAUAUGUUGCUGUCGAGUGGAAGGGACAACUUGCACAAUCUAUUCGACAUGCGGACUCUCGAAAUCUGUGCAAAUUUGAGAGGGAAUGGGAGAGUGGCAUCUAACUGGAGUAGGUCUUGUUUGAGUCCUGACGACAGUUAUGUCGCUGCUGGAUCUGAUGAUGGGUCCGUGGAAAUCUGGUCUGUUGGGAACGCCAAAAUAGUGAGCACGCUGAAGGAGCAUACAUCUCCUGUGUUGAGCUGCGCGUGGAGUGAGCUCGGUAAGCCUUUGGCAACUUGUGAUAAGAAUGGCAACAUUUGCAUUUGGUCUUGAUGUGGUAGAGGCUGUAGGUUUCUCUUGAUCACAGUAUAGAAAAAAGAAACAAAAAAUGAUACCAAAAAAGUAUAAUUAUAGAAUUUCCGCUGGAGAAUCCUGUUAUUAUUUGUUCAUUUAGGAAGUAAGUUUGGUUUAAAGAUUAGUUCAUGCUAGCUACUGGGAGAUGUACAUAUUACUUGUUGAUAUUUUGUGAAUGCUUAUGUUUCCUUCAUCAA